AUGACAAGUCCUGCACGAGAUUUUCCACUCUCAAGAAUCCGUUCAGAAGAUCCUUACUCUCCAGUAAUUGUUGAAGACCUAUUAGGCGGCUUAAAUGAAUGGCGCUCUGUUCAAGAUAUAGUCAGACUCACAUUCAAAGCUCUUUCAGACAUAGUAAAAUCCCAAGGAUCAAGCUUACGAGAAAUUGAUGUUCAGUUCCCUACAAAAGCAUCAAAAGCUGAGCUGAAUUCUGGCCUAUCUGUUAAGGUAAAUAUUUCAGAUUUCACCAGGUCGAUUUCUGAACUAAGAACGUCGCUUGAAAAUAAAGUGAAUAUUGACGAUGUUUAUACGUUGGUUGAAGAUAAAAUCUCAAGAAAUGAUGCCCAAUAUUUACUAUCAAGCAAAGUCAGCUAUGAAGAACUGAAAACGGCACUAGAAGCAAAAGCUGAUUUGAGGGAAAUUCAAGCUGAAUUAAGAACGAUAAAGGCAGCUAUUGAAGAAGUCCAUGAUGAUGCUUACAGAAGACUCCAGCAGUGUGCAACGCUAAGAGAUAUACAGCAGCUUGAUAAAAAAAUAGAAACCAAAGCAAAUGCUGCUGAAAUCAAUCAGGCUUUGCAAGAAAAAGCUAACACUGAAUCUGUCGCUAGCGCUCUACAUAAAAAAGCCAACCGCUCUGAUAUUGAUGCAUUGUUUGCUAAAAAAGUGGAAUCUACUGAUCUUAUGGCUUAUUUAGAGCAUAAAGCAGAUCUCUCUCAGCUUGACAUUUUAGCACGAGAGCUUGAGCUUAAAGCUGAUAAGUCCGAAACCAUAAAAUUUAUCAACCACGAAAUCUCAAAAAGAGUCGAAAAAUCUGAUAUUGACACCAUUUUCAGCUCUUUUAACUCAGCAAAGAAAGAUGCAGAUAUCAAAAAUAACCAAAAAUUCUUAGAAAUGGAGCAGUUUUUGAAUAAAUUGAAAAAUGAUUUAGAUGAUUUGCAAACUGCGGUGAAUAGGAAAGGUGAUUCAAGAGAUGUAGACAGAGCUUUGCAGUUGGUUAAUAAAAAAGUGGAUGCAGAGAAUAUAGCAAAUUUUAAAGACGAAAUUAAUAAUUCCUUGAAAAAUAUUCAAGCCCAGGUAAGGCUAGAUAUAAGAAAAAUUGAAGAAAGCGCUAUAGAGAAAUCAAUAAGAAAUGAUAAUUAUACGAAAGCAAUCGAAGAAGACUUAACAAGGCUCAAAGAAACUUUUAAAGCAUCAAUGGAAAAAAGCCAAGUUGACCUAGAAGAAAACUUAAAAUAUAUUCAAAGCUAUACAUCAGGGACCAGAGCAGAAGACUUGAAAUCGCUUCGGCAUGAAAUUGGAAGUGUACAAAGAGAUAUAGAUGAGAUUCGAUCACGAAAAGUUGAUAAAAAUGAAUUAUAACGAUUUAUAUAGGUAAAAUACUAUAUUUCUUACAAUCAAAUUUCUAAUAUUCUAUAAAAAGUAUUCCUAUAAAAAUUUAUUCACUUUCUUUGUAAAACAAUAUAAGAACUCUUACCGACCAAAAAAUUGACACCAGAGAAUUCCAAGAGCGUCUUGAGCUUACCUUUAGAGAGCUAAGCAAAGAGCUUAAAGACAACAAAGAUGAGCUUCAAGACCUCGUCCUCCGUAAAGAAAGAGACAUCUUAAUCCAAAUUGACAAAAAGCCUGAUAUCCAAGAAGUCAACUCUCUUCUGUCAGAAACCACUGAAAACCUUCUUAACAAGUUUCAGACUGAUGAAGCCAAUCUUCGCUGCACAAUUGACGAUAUCCGCACCCAAACAUAUGGCCGUGCUCAGUUUAUGGACCUUGAUUCAAGCAUAAAAGAUCUUCAAAAUCACCUCGAACAGAUAAGCAAAGAAAUUCUCCUCAAAGCCAACAUAAAAGAUAUAUGCGUUUUGCUUGAUAUGAAGCCAAAUAUAGAAGAUAUCAAUAAAAUUCUUCAAGACUUGCAUGAUGAGCUUGACAAAAAAGCAGCUGCUAAUGAAUUUCAUAGUCAUAUUAACAGUCAAGCUUUAAUAAAUGAAGCAUUGUGUGGAGAAAACUGCAUGGCAAGAUGGAUAUGGAAGUCAGGAGAAGUCAGAACUGGCUAUACCGUCCCUUGGGAAGUCCAAAGUGUUAAUACCUGCCCUGAUAACUUUUUGUGGGAAAAAGAUAAAACUAGUGUACUUACUAUUGCACCAGGACUUUAUGAAGUUUUCUAUGGGUUUUUUGCCAGAAAAAAACCAAAUGUGCAGUUAAUGGUGAAUGGGGAGCCUGUGAUCACUGAUAGUCAGACCCUUGGAAAAGUCUGGGGAAGACACUCUUCAGGAAACAUCGCUGGACUUACUGUGACUGAUUUUAUCGCACUGCCAGCCAGAGCUAGAAUUUCGAUAACUUACACUGGUGAUGCAGGAGCAGAAGGAUUUUUAGGCCUUAAGAAGCUUUAG